UUCUAAUAGUUUUGUAACGUUCAAUAUUUGUAGUAAGGCUGCUUAAUCUACGAUAAAAAAUGAGUUUGUGGGUUGAUAAAUAUCGUCCAACGACACUUGCGAAAUUAGAUUAUCAUCUCGAGCAAGCAGAGAAUUUGAAAAAUAUGGUAAACAAACGAGACUUCCCACAUUUGUUAGUACAUGGACCUCCAGGUGCAGGAAAGAAAACUCGAAUAUUAUGUGUUUUAAAGGAACUUUACGGAGUUGCGGCUGAAAGAUUAAAAAUAGAAAACAUGCAAUUUGAGACUCCGUCUAAAAAAAAGAUAGAAAUAUUGACAAUAAGCAGUAAUUAUCACACAGAAAUAAAUCCGAGUGACGCAGGAAUAUAUGAUAGAAUUGUUGUUAUGGAAUUAAUAAAAGCAACUGCUCAAACGCAUCAUAUAGAUAUAGGCCAGAGAGAGUUUAAAGUGGUACUAUUGUCAAAUGUGGAUCAACUUACAAGAGAUGCGCAGCACGCACUUCGCAGAACAAUGGAGAAAUACAUCAGUACGUGCAGACUGAUACUUUGUGCGAAUUCAACGUCGCGAGUUUUGCCUGCGAUUCAAUCGCGAUGCGUGAGAAUCAGAGUCCCUGCACCAACUGCCCCCGAGAUAAAAAAUAUUUUACACUCGAUUUGUAAACGGGAGGGACUUACUGUACCUGAUGAAUUAGCCAAUCGGAUAGUUGAAGCUAGCAAUAGAAAUCUUCGACGAGCAAUAUUAAUGCUCGAGGCUUGCAAAGUUGAACAAUAUCCAUUUACUGUUGAUCAAAAGGUAACAGAACCAGAUUGGCAAGUAUACAUACGAAAUACAGCUAGUAUGAUGGUCUCUGAACAAUCUCCUAAAGUACUUCUUGAGAUACGCAACAGAUUUUAUGACCUGUUAACGCGUUCUAUACCGUGCGAACUGAUUUUUAGAGGGUUGUUGCAAGAAUGCAUAAAAAAUUGUGAUGAUCAGUUAAAAAAAGAAAUUAUUGAGGUCGCAUCGGAGUAUCAGCAUAAAAUGGUACGUGGUUCGAAAUUUAUAUUUCAUUUGGAAGCUUUUGCUGCGCGAUUUAUGACAAUUUACAAAAAAUACAUUGAAUUAUCCUUGGAUAAUUUUACAUAA